AUGGCAUAUGAAGUAAAUUUAGGAAUAACUGUGACGCCUGAUGAAGAACAAAACUUGAAUCAUUAUGUACAAGUUUUACAGAACCUAGUACUAAGUGUUCCCACUAAGGAGCCAGGUCGUCAGAAAAAAUCAAAGUCUCCAAAUAAUGCUGAUUCUGUAGGCUCGAGGGUAUCAAAAUUUAAGGAGGUAAAGUUUACACAUGAUGAAGCUCCAGCUAAGAAUGAUGUUUUAAUCAAUCCUCUCAGUGAAGAAACUACAACUUUCCCUACUAGGGGCUUCACACUGGAAAUAGAGAAGAAAAAGCAUACUAAAAGUACAGCUUUCUGGUCAAUUAAACCAAAUAACAUUUCUGUUGUUUUACAUGCAAAAGAACCUUAUAUUGAGAAAGAGCCAGAACCAGAGCCAACUGUAAGUCAAACUGAGGCACCAAAGCAAUUGCCAAGUGUUACUGAAUCAUUUACAAGUCAAGGUGUCACUUCUUUAAGUAGGAACACUGACUUGGAUACUGCCACAGAAGAUGUUCCUCAGCCCUCAGGCAACUAUGAAAUGGAAUAUCCUGAACCACGUAAUUUGUAUAAUGAAGACAUUUUGAAAAAAAUUGCAGAUAUUGGUUCACAGGUGCAACAGGUACCUCUUCCUGAGAGUUUCAAGCCAGAGUAUAGAGCAGACAUUCGAGCCUCUAAAGAACACGUAAAACGAAGUCUUGCUCUAGCAGCAGCAGCAGAACAUAAAUUAGAAAAAAUGUAUAAAUCCCAGAUGUUACCACUAGGACAAAGCAGUGAUGGAGUUGAUGACAUUGAAACUGUUAUUAACAUGCUGUAUAAUUCUAGAUCUAAAUUACCUGAAUAUUUAGAUAUUAAAUAUGUCCCACCAGAGAUGAGAGGAAAAGUUACUGCAGUAUUCAAUAUAUUAAAAAAAAUUUUAUGUGUAAGUCAAGGAGAAACUCCAAAUCUCAUUAGGAAGUUAUUAAACAAUAAUAUAAAACUUUAA